UUCUCGGUGGUACCGCUGUCUUCGGUCUUUCUGCCGUCAUGAAGGACGUACCCGGCUUCCUCCAGCAGAGCCAGAGCUCCGGGCCCGGCCAGGCGGCCGUGUGGCACCGUCUGGAGGAGCUCUACACGAAGAAGUUGUGGCAUCAGCUGACUCUUCAGGUGCUUGAUUUUGUGCAAGACCCGUGCUUUGCCCAAGGAGAUGGUCUCAUUAAGCUUUAUGAAAACUUCAUUAGUGAAUUUGAACACAGGGUGAACCCUUUGUCCCUGGUAGAAAUCAUUCUUCAUGUCGUGAGACAGAUGACCGAUCCUAAUGUGGCUCUUACUUUUCUGGAAAAGACUCGUGAGAAGGUGAAAAGCAGCGAUGAGGCGGUGAUCCUGUGUAAAACUGCAAUUGGAGCUCUAAAAUUAAACAUUGGGGAUCUACAGGUUACAAAGGAAACCAUUGAAGACGUGGAGGAAAUGCUCCACAACCUGCCUGGUGUGACGUCAGUUCACAGUCGUUUCUACGAUCUGUCCAGCAAAUACUAUCAGACCAUUGGGAACCAUGCCUCCUACUACAAGGACGCGCUGCGGUUCCUGGGCUGUGUCGACAUCCGGGACCUGCCAGCUCCAGAACAGCAGGAGAGAGCGUUCACGCUGGGGCUGGCGGGUCUUCUCGGCGAGGGAGUGUUUAACUUUGGAGAACUCCUCAUGCACCCUGUGCUGGAGUCGCUGAGGGACACCGACCGGCAGUGGCUGAUUGACACCUUGUACGCCUUCAACAGUGGCAACGUGGAGAGAUUCCAGUCUCUGAGGGCCGCCUGGGGCCAACAGCCUGACUUAGCCGCCAAUGAAGCCCAGCUGCUGAGGAAAAUCCAGCUGCUGUGCCUCAUGGAGAUGACUUUCACACGACCUGCCAAUCACAGACAACUCACUUUUGAAGAAAUUGCCAAAAGUGCUAAAAUCAGUGUGAACGAGGUGGAGCUGCUGGUGAUGAAGGCGCUCUCGGCGGGACUGGUGAAAGGCAGCAUUGAUGAGGUGGACAAGCGAGUCCUCAUGACGUGGGUGCAGCCCCGCGUGUUGGAUUUGCAGCAGAUCAAGGGGAUGCGAGACCGCUUGGAGUCCUGGUGCGGGGACGUGAAGAGCAUGGAGAUGCUGGUGCAGCACCAGGCCCAGGACGUCCUCACCUAGUGCCCUCGGCCCGCCCGGGGGCCUCAGGCCGACGCAGCUGUGGCUGGGCUGUUUACUGGGGGGAAGGCGUCUGCUUGGAGAGGAGACGGUUCUUGCUAUGAACACAGGACUGUGGUUAUGGAGCCCGGCUGUAGGCAGAAGCCCCCUCAGUGGGCGUCUCCUGUGGCCUGCAGGGGGGUGGGGACACUGGGUCUCUGGUGAUGAGGCAGGCGGAAGGGUGGGCACCCCAGGAAUGGGAAGGAGUGGCCUCAAGGUGUGUCCCUCCACCCACAUGUGUGAAUAUUGAGACUUCCUGCAAUAAACAUCUGUGCUUUGUCCUGCC